AUGUCUCAUCGAAGAGAGAUACGCACAAACUCCACAAGAUCAGGCUCCAGAAACGACGCUCGUCAACAUGGUCCUCCAGACCCAGAACCGCCGGCAGCACCACCAAUCAUCAUCCUUUCCCAAUCUGGCAAAGCACAAGCGCCCCACUUCCAGGUACCAGACCCUGCCGAUCAGCAAGUCCAGCCGCAACCACCUACGUCAUCCCUGUCACCAGAAGCCUCACCAGACGAGCUUGAAGCUACCGAAACUUCGUGCCCACCCGACAAACCCGAGCCCGAACCGCAUCCAGCACCGCCUGUAAUCAUCCUACGCGACGAAACACCCAGUUCGUCCCCACCAGCCUCCGCGCCACCCACUUGUCCCGCUACAACACACACACCCCCUACGAUGGGCUCCAAAGUCAGCAAAGUCAAAGAGCAAGCCUCGAACGGGAAGCUUCAGCCAAGCCAAGAGCGUCUGGAUAAGGAAGAGAUGAAGGAGCCAGACAAUUAUUACACACAUCGCAGCAAGAGCAUGCGUCGGAAAGCUGGCAAGACUGGAGCUAGCAGUGGCGCCGGAGGUGCGCAGGGUGGUGCUGGUAUUGCAUAA